AUGGCUCCCGAUCUGAAAUAUGUCGAAUCAGUGUCGCGCACAAUUGCACAGUAUUCUGAAGGUCCAAAAAUCGUAGUUGAAAAAAGUACUGUCCCGGUGCGAGCCGCCGAAAGCAUCAACUGUAUUCUUCGAGAAGCCCAACGAAACGAUCCUCGUCUGUCUUUUCAGGUGCUAUCGAAUCCGGAAUUUCUGGCUGAAGGGACAGCCAUCAGAGAUCUGUCGAAUCCGGAUCGUGUACUCAUCGGUGGAGAAACUUCACCUGAAGGUAUGGAGAGGCUUGCAUGUUGA